AUGUACUAUUUUAAGGAUUCUUCCCUCCCAGCGCUCUUCUGUAAAACGAUGGAUAAGUUCCAGAGGGUGGAGAAGCCCAAGACCGAGGCUGCGCCUAUAAACGAGAAUGAGAUUCGCAUAACCGCUCAAGGCAGAAUGAGGAACUAUAUUACUUACGCCACCACUCUCCUUCAGGAGAAAGGGUCUGAUGAAAUUAUUCUCAAGGCAAUGGGCAGAGCUAUCAAUAAAACUGUGAUGAUUGCUGAACUAAUAAAGAGAAGGAUUGUUGGUCUCCAUCAGAAUACUUCUAUUGGAUCAACUGAUAUUACUGACGUGUAUGAGCCCCUGGAAGAAGGCCUGGAUCGAGAGUACUCGGCAUGUUUCAAUGAUCACUAUUACUUUGUCGAAGACGGAGCUUCAUACAUCCUCUACAGGAGGGUUCGCCUAGAUUCCGAGGUAGGAGUCGUGGUGGCCGAGGACGAGCUAGGGAUAGAGUGGCUUAAGUUGCUCAUGGGGUUUUUCUUUGGUUCAUGGUACUGUGAGUGCAGGAAACUACAAUGGAGUUGGGGAUAUAAUGGAGAUGGUUGGGAUGGUGGGCGUGGUUAUGGUGGCAGAGGUAGAGGCCGUGGAAGAGGUGGUUCUUUUAGGGGACGAGGAAGAGGUUAUGGUCAGUCGGGUGGAUACUAUGACUAUGUUGAAGGUGCACCUGCCCAAGGUCGCGGUCUCGCAGGGCGCGGUCGAGGCAGAGGAAGAGGCCGUGGUCGCGGUCGUAAUACCAGAUUGGAAGGACAAGCACCCGCUGCUUGA